AUGGAAUUGGCACAAAUUCUUGGGGCCAGUGUUGAGAUACUGCAGGCCUUUGCACUCAUUUAUGAUGACGUGAUGGACCAGUCCAGCACCAGACGGGGUCGACCAUGCUGGUAUAAGCAGGAUGAUGUAGGCCUCCAAGCGCUAAACGAUGGCGUAAUCCUGAAGAAUGAGUGCUUCCAUACAUUAAAGCUAUUCUUCGGACACAAGAAGUCGUAUCUGAAUAUUAUGGAGACAUUCCAUGAGAUGAUGAGGUAUACCACGUAUGGACAGCAUAUGGAUAUGGCCUCCAAUUGCAACAACACUGGCCCACGAUUUGACUUAUUCACGAAAAGCCGAUACGAGACAAUCGUCAAGUAUAAGACCUCUUACUAUACGUUUGUACUGCCCGUCCGAUUAGCCAUGUAUUUGUUUGGAAUGGAGUCCAAGUCGGCGCACCGGCAGGCAGAGGAACUCCUACUAAAAAUCGGAUACUUGUUUCAAAUACAGGACGACUUUAUCGACUGUUUUGGUGACCCGACUGUGACCGGCAAACAGGGCUCAGACAUCGCGGACGGCAAGUGCUGUUGGCCUGUCGUGCGGGCACUGGAACUGUGCGAUGAGAGCCAACGGCGCGAUUUGGUGGCCAACUAUGGCAUGAAAUGCGAGCAAAACGUGAAUAAAUGCAAAGAAAUCUUUAUACAACUCAAUCUUAGGGACGUAUACCUCAAGGAGGAGCUCACUAUCUAUGAGGAGAUCUGCGGCGAUCUCCAGAAUCUCAAGAAUCACAACAAAAUAAUGCUGUCCAGUGACUCAGCAAAUGAUUUGGGUUUCCGGAUGAGACCCCAGGCCUGGGGUUCGGCCGAUGCCAACAACUCAAACCCCAAUGCGCCCACAAUAUACACACCUAUAGUUAUGUAG